AGCAGCUGCGACACAUACGACACAUACUCGCAUCGUCAAUCCCCACCCAGAUGGGGAUUGCGCAGAGCAGACGAUGGUUGGUCCGUGCGGGGCACGAGAAGGCGGUCUACCUCAAUCACUUCGUGAGGGCGGCGAGAAUCAAAAUGUGUCCUCGAGGCAUGGCCGAGGAGGGGUUGGCGAGGAUCAACGUCCGGAAUGGAUGCGCUUAUCACUUGCGACGCGAAACGGAUCCGGGACUCUGCAUGGACGGCAACGACAGGAGGACGGGUCCACGGCAGGUGCGCACGUGGAACGUGACGGCAGGCAGAUGUGGGCAGAGUGCAUGCAGGCCUUGCGUCAAGCUGGAACAGACACAAUAACGAGAGGGGUGCAAGGGCUCCGCGUCGACGAAGGCAACGAUGCGGCUGCUCAGGAGCCCCUCGACUUUGACGACGUUGACAUUGACGACGAUUGCAACUCAGACGAUUUGCCUGAGAUUAGGCCGCUUGGGAGGAAGGUAAGGAAUGGUGGUGCGAGUGCGAAGAAGGGUUCCAUUCUGAGAAAUUGGAGGAACAAGAAAAUUGACGACGACACAGGCGGGAGCGAUGGCGAGGCCGCUCGAAAUUUCUGGUCCGUCGGAGACACGAUCACUCGUGAGGGCGAAAAGGGAUCAAGAUCUGUAUUUCGCAGGCAUGGGGCACAAUUUCAGCCGCAUAGAGACCAGGGAAUGGAACUGGGAGGACAGGCGGUCCAUGUUGCAGAAGAUGGACGUCACGAGGAAAGUCGCCGACUGCAGGAAGAAAUGAGAUAACUUUAUUCAACAAUUCAAGAAGGUUCCCAAGUUUCAGCACCUCUCCGGUGGGAGGGACUAGGGCGUCAACUUCGUCAUGGACCGGAGCG